AUGUCCAGAACUACUUAUAAAAUCUACGUUGGAAAUCUCCCCCCAGAUACAAAAACUCGAGAUAUUGAGAAUCUGUUUUCAAAGUAUGGUCCGAUUGCAGCAAUCGAUCUGAAGGCUGGACAAAGACGUGGUCCUCCGUUCGCAUUCGUUGAGUUCGAAGAUGAGCUUGAUGCAUCAGACGCCGUUCGUGGACGUGAUGGCUACAACUUUGAUGGGUAUGCCUUGCGUGUCGAACUGCCACGGACUGGAGGUUAUAACAAUGGAGCUGGUGGUCCUAACCAUAACCAGUUCCGACGUGGAGGCUUUAACCGUGGUGGCGGGGGUGGUGGAGCCAGUGGUCCUUCAAGAAGGUCGGACUUCCGGGUAAUUGUUACGGGCUUGCCACCCACUGGUAGUUGGCAAGACCUCAAAGAUCACAUGCGCGAGGCCGGCGAUGUUGGAUAUGCCGAUGUGUUCCGUGACGGCACCGGUGUGGUUGAAUUCCUAAGGUACGAAGAUAUGAAGUAUGCUAUUAGACGACUGGAUGAUUCCAAGUUUCGUUCUCACGAGGGUGAAUCUUCCUAUAUCCGUGUUCGCGAGGAAAGGGCUGGAGGGUCUCGUUCCAGAUCUCGGUCGUACGGCUCACCACGUAGAGGUCGGUCCUACGAUUCCUGCUCCCGAUCAAUAAGCCCUCGACGAUAG